AUGAGAGAUUUACGCAUGGUAAAUCGUGGGCUAAGCGCCCGCUUACCAUGGCGAAUUGGCACUGCACAAAGAUGGGGCAGCACAAUCUCACAACGGCCAGGCUCUGAUCGGGUGCAUUUUCCCGGCGCCGUGAACAGCAAAUUUACGACCGAUAUGUCUUUUAUCAAGCCCUCCGAUCUUCCUGCCAUUCCCACUUACCGCGUUCUCGAUUCCGAUGGUGAAUUAGUCGAUAAGACAAGGGGACCUCCAGAUGUCUCAGACACUGAUGUCCUUACCUGGUACAAGAAUAUGCUCACUGUGAGCAUAAUGGACGUGGUAAUGUUUGAGGCUCAGCGACAGGGACGCCUAAGUUUCUACAUGGUUUCCGCAGGCGAGGAGGGUAUUGCAGUUGGAUCAGCUGCGGCAUUGACCCCGGAUGAUGUAGUCUUCGCUCAAUACCGAGAAGCUGGAGUUUUUCAACAACGUGGCUUUACUCUGAAGAACUUCAUGAGCCAGCUAUUUGCCAACUGUAACGAUACAGGAAAUGGCCGAAACAUGCCAGUUCACUACGGGCAAAACUACCCUCGCAUUUACACAAUAUCUUCACCAUUGGCUACUCAAAUCCCCCAGGCAUCUGGCGCAGCAUACGCAUUGAAGAUCCAGGAUCUCCAAAACCCUAACCAAGAUCCUCGUGUAGUAGCCUGUUACUUCGGCGAGGGCGCCGCUAGCGAGGGUGAUUUCCAUGCAGCCCUGAACAUAGCAGCCACCCGAUCAUGCCCCGUCAUCUUCCUAUGCCGAAACAACGGAUAUGCGAUCUCAACACCGACUCUGGAGCAAUAUCGUGGAGACGGAAUUGCCAGUCGAGGUGUCGGAUAUGGUAUCGACACGAUCCGUGUAGACGGAAACGAUGUCUUCGCCGUCCACGAGGCUACGCAAGAAGCACGAAAGCGAGCACUAACCGGGUCUCCCGUCCUUAUCGAAGCCAUGAGCUACCGUGUCUCGCACCAUAGUACUAGUGAUGAUAGCUUUGCCUAUCGAGCACGAGUUGAAGUGGAAGACUGGAAGCGGCGCGAUAACCCGAUCACACGGUUACGCAAAUGGCUCGAGAAAAGGGGGUUAUGGAGUGAGGAGCAAGAGAAAGAAGCCCGUGACUCUCUUCGAAAGGCUGUGCUCAAGGAAUUCGGAGAGGCUGAGAGGGAGAAGAAGCCACCUCUCCGGAAUGCGUUUACGGAUGUGUAUGAAGAUGUGACUGAAGAAGCACAGGAGCAAAUGAAGGAGCUUCGGCGCAUUUUGGAGGAAUACCCAGAGGAAUAUGAUUUAAGACCAUACAAAGAUGGGAUAAACGGAUUAGAUUAA